ACAAUGGCCCCCUUCUUACGGAUAUCUUUCAACUCAUUUGAGCUGGGACCUGUGCAGAAUCAAGAGGAACAACUACAGCCUUUCUGUGCUAUCAAGAUGAAGGAAGCAUUGACUACAGAAAGAGGAAAAACUCUAGUUCAGAAGAAACCUACCAUGUAUCCAGAAUGGAAAUCAACUUUUGACGCCCACAUUUACGAAGGAAGGGUGAUUCAGAUUAUUCUCAUGAAAGCAGCAGAAGAGCCAUUAUCUGAAGUGACUGUAGGUGUGUCGGUCCUGGCGGAGCGGUGCAAAAAAGGCAAUGGCAAAGCAGAAUUCUGGCUUGACCUGCAACCUCAGGGGAAGGUGCUGAUGGCUGUACAGUAUUUUUUGGAAGAUGCAGACUGCAAACAGUCAAUGAGGGAAGAGGAGGGGACAGUAACUAUGAACAGGAGAGGAGCUAUCAAGCAAGCCAAAAUCCACUACAUCAAAAAUCAUGAAUUUAUUGCUACCUUCUUUGGACAACCUACGUUUUGCUCUGUCUGCAAAGACUUUGUAUGGGGACUCAACAAGCAGGGAUACAAAUGUAGGCAAUGCAAUGCUGCUAUUCAUAAGAAAUGCAUUGAUAAAAUCAUUGGGAGGUGUACUGGCACUGCAGCCAACAGCAGGGACACAAUGUUUCAAAAGGAACGUUUCAACAUUGACAUGCCUCAUCGCUUCAAAGUUUACAACUACAUGAGCCCGACCUUCUGCGACCACUGCGGCAGCCUGCUCUGGGGGCUGGUCAAACAAGGACUCAAAUGUGAAGAAUGCGGGAUGAAUGUGCAUCAUAAAUGCCAGAAGAAGGUGGCAAACUUAUGUGGAAUAAACCAGAAGUUGCUAGCUGAAGCUUUAAAUCAAGUUAGCCAGAAAUCUACACGAAGGUCCGAUUCUGGAUCUGUAGAAAGUGUUGGUAUUUAUCAAGAUUUUGAUAAGAAACCUAGAGCUCCAGGAGGAGAUGCAACAGCAGAUAACAGCGAGUACGAUAAACUCUGGGAGGGAAGCACAGCCAAGAGAGCAUCACGAAUUGCAAGCAGGAGAAAAUUCAACAUAGACAGCUUUGUCUUCCAUAAAGUACUAGGGAAAGGAAGUUUUGGAAAGGUUCUGCUUGCUGAGCUGAAAGGGAAGAAUGAAUUCUUUGCUAUCAAAGCUCUGAAAAAGGAUGUGGUGCUAAUUGAUGAUGAUGUGGAAUGUACCAUGGUGGAAAAGCGGGUCCUCGCACUUGCAUGGGAAAACCCAUUUCUCACGCACCUUUACUGCACGUUUCAGACAAAGGAUCACCUGUUCUUCGUUAUGGAGUUCCUGAACGGGGGAGACCUGAUGUUCCACAUACAAGACAAGGGGCGUUUUGAUCUCUACAGAGCAACGUUUUACGGAGCUGAAAUUUUAUGUGGGCUACAGUUUCUUCACAGCAAAGGCAUCAUUUAUAGGAUGUUUACCAGUAUAAUCACAGAACCUGACUGGAGCAGUUUUAGAGACCUAAAACUGGACAACGUGAUGCUUGAUAGAGAAGGCCACAUCAAAAUAGCUGAUUUUGGAAUGUGCAAAGAAAACGUUGUUGGUGAGAACAAGGCAAGCACUUUCUGCGGGACCCCAGACUACAUUGCUCCCGAGAUCUUGCAAGGUUUGCGGUACACAUUCUCUGUGGACUGGUGGUCGUUCGGGGUCCUGCUGUACGAGAUGCUUAUUGGACAAUCCCCUUUCCAUGGGGAUGAUGAAGAUGAAUUGUUUGAGUCAAUCCGAGUGGACACCCCUCACUACCCACGCUGGAUUACCAAGGAAUCAAAAGAUAUAUUAGAAAAGCUAUUUGAAAGGGACCCAACAAGACGACUUGGGGUCACUGGGAAUAUCCGAGACCAUCCUUUCUUCAAAACCAUCAACUGGACGGCGCUAGAGAAGAGGGAGGUGGACCCUCCUUUCAGGCCAAAAGUGAAGUCAGCAAGCGACUACAACAACUUUGACAGAGAAUUUCUGAGUGAGAAGCCAAAAUUGUCCUACAGUGACAAAAACCUGAUCGAGUCCAUGGAUCAGUCUGCAUUUGAUGGAUUUUCUUUUAUUAACCCUAAAUUUGAACAGAUCUUGGACAAGUAAGUCUCUGAACAGGGCCGGACUUUAAAGGAGGUUUAAACGUUAUGAACCGAAAACUCCCAAGUGCUAAGUGUUAGGCGUUCCAACGAUGUUGUCGAUACUUCAGAGUAACACAGUAGUGUGAUUAAUGACAUCCAACUGCUGAUUUAUUGGCAGUGUUCUUUUAUGCAUGGUUGGGUUUAAGGUAUGUGAAUCGUGUGCAUUAUUUUCUCUAUUUGGGAAAAUGUAAAUUCUGUUUGGUACUUGAAUGUAGUUAUGUGAUAUAUAUAUAUAUAUGUUGUAUAUUUUGCUCGAGAGAAGACAUUGGGGAACAGAAGAUGUCUUUUUAAAAAGUGUUUGAGCCCUUGGUUCUUUUAUUUGUCUUCAAUUAAAAGAAAGUUACAUUAACCUUUCAUUCAUGGCUUU